CAUGGCUCCGGAGCGGCGGCAGGAGCAGCUCGUGAGCGCUGUGGGGCGAGACGGGGCGAGACGGGAAGAAAGAACAGUGCUUUGCCCCUGAGGAAAAGGAGAGGGGGGGCUUUUUGUGGGCGGGAAGACGCCCCUGCCUCACGCAGUCGACCUCUCCUUCUCGCGCUUAGUAAAUACCCGGGGCCCUCGCUUGUCUUUUAAAUCCGAAAUAGGCGCGCACCGCGGCGGUCUUCCUAAUGCGUGGAGAACUUUUGCGCCUUUAGGUUUGCGAGUGAGGGAAGAAAGGUCAGAAGCGCAGACCUGCCCGCUCCCGCUCCGGCUCUCUUCUCCAUCGGUAGCCAACACUCCCGCCUUGCCUCGAGGAGCGCGCGCCGUCGCUCGCCUGCCUUACCCUCCUUGAGCUCGAGCCCUAGCAGCAAGGCGCGCGAGAAGCCCGGGGAACGGCGGGGGCUGAAGGAGGGCCUUUUUGAGGCGCGCGUUGCUCAGCCCCGGUGCAGGUGCAGAGGCUCCCACGCGCCGGAGGAGGAGGAGCCAGGCAGAGCGAGCCCCGAGCCCCUUCCCUUCCUUUCCCAGGGAGGACUUUUCUCCUCCGAAGGGGUGGGGAGGUUGCGCGUAAGCUUGGACCUCGGUUUCCCUAGCAAAGGAUUCACUCCUUUCUUGGUUAGGUUUCUCCGAGUUCUUCCUCUCCGUCGUGCCGAAAGAGAAUGACUCCCCCUGGGGCAACCGGGUGGGUUUCACGGCUCAGGUGGCGCCAGACCCCAGACCUUCCACACGCCAGCGAUACUACUACACCAGAAAGAGCGCACUCCUCGGCUUCUGUUUCAUCUAUGCGUCCUCCUCCACAGCGUCCUCUUUUUGUUGGAUAAGAGAAACAUGUUUAGGGUGGUGUAAACUAUGGCCCAGUUCUAUUACAAGAGAACCGUCAGUGCCCCGUACAGAGAUCGCAUCCCACUUCGCAUUGUGCGAGCCGAGUCUGAAUUGUCACCUGCUGAGAAAGCCUAUUUGAGUGCGGUGGAGAAAGGAGAUUAUGCCAGUGUGAAGCAAGCCCUGGAGGAAGCGGAAAUUUAUUUCAAGAUCAAUAUUAAUUGCAUUGACCCCCUUGGAAGGACGGCUCUCCUUAUUGCAAUUGAAAAUGAAAACCUAGAGCUCAUAGAGCUGCUCUUGAGCUUUAAUGUUUAUGUGGGGGAUGCCCUGUUGCAUGCCAUCAGGAAGGAAGUGGUUGGCGCUGUUGAACUGCUGUUAAACCACAAGAAGCCCAGCGGGGAGAAACAGGUUCCACCUAUACUUCUGGACAAGCAGUUUUCAGAAUUUACACCAGACAUUACUCCCAUUAUCCUGGCUGCCCAUACAAACAAUUAUGAGAUCAUAAAACUUUUAGUACAGAAGGGUGUUUCUGUCCCCCGACCUCAUGAAGUCCGUUGUAACUGUGUGGAGUGUGUCUCCAGCUCAGAUGUGGACAGCCUUCGCCAUUCCCGUUCAAGGCUGAAUAUCUACAGAGCUCUUGCCAGUCCAUCGUUGAUUGCCCUAUCAAGUGAGGAUCCUUUUCUUACAGCUUUUCAGUUAAGCUGGGAACUUCAGGAGCUAAGCAAAGUGGAAAAUGAAUUUAAAUCUGAAUAUGAGGAACUGUCUCAGCAAUGUAAGCAGUUUGCAAAAGAUCUCUUGGAUCAGACCCGAAGUUCCAGGGAAUUGGAAAUCAUCCUUAACUACAGAGAUGAAAGCAGCCUUAUAGAAGAGCAGAGUGGCAAUGAUUUGGCAAGAUUAAAACUGGCAAUUAAGUAUCGCCAGAAAGAGUUUGUUGCCCAGCCAAAUUGCCAGCAGCUUCUUGCCUCUCGCUGGUAUGAUGAGUUCCCUGGAUGGAGAAGGCGCCAUUGGGCUGUGAAGAUGCUGACUUGUGUCAUCAUUGGAUUCCUUUUCCCUGUCUUCUCUGCCUGCUAUCUGAUUGCUCCCAAGAGCCCACUGGGGCUGUUUAUCAGGAAGCCAUUCAUCAAAUUUAUCUGCCAUACUGCAUCCUACUUGACUUUCUUGUUUCUCCUGCUGCUUGCAUCACAGCACAUCGACAGGUCAGAUCUGAACAUGCAGGGGCCGCCACCAACCAUUGUCGAAUGGAUGAUAUUACCGUGGGUCCUGGGGUUUAUCUGGGGUGAAAUCAAGCAAAUGUGGGAUGGUGGCCUUCAGGAUUAUAUCCAUGACUGGUGGAACCUGAUGGAUUUUGUAAUGAACUCCUUAUAUCUUGCAACAAUAUCAUUAAAAAUUGUUGCAUUUUCAAAGUACAGUGGGCUACUCCCAAGACAGAGCUGGGAUAUGUGGCACCCAACCCUGGUGGCUGAGGCCCUGUUUGCUAUUGCAAACAUUUUUAGUUCUCUCCGCCUAAUCUCAUUAUUCACUGCAAAUUCUCACCUGGGACCAUUGCAGAUCUCCCUUGGAAGAAUGCUGCUGGACAUUUUAAAGUUUCUGUUCAUCUACUGCCUUGUGCUGCUAGCUUUUGCAAAUGGACUCAACCAGCUAUAUUUCUAUUAUGAGACUACUGAAACUGAUCGCUGCAAAGGGAUAAGGUGUGAAAAUCAAAACAAUGCAUUUUCAACUUUAUUUGAAACUCUCCAGUCACUGUUUUGGUCUGUCUUUGGACUCAUCAACCUCUAUGUCACCAAUGUUAAAGCACGCCAUGAAUUCACUGAAUUUGUUGGGGCCACUAUGUUUGGUACCUACAACGUCAUCUCUCUGGUCGUCCUGCUCAACAUGUUGAUAGCCAUGAUGAAUAAUUCCUACCAGCUCAUUGCUGAUCAUGCAGACAUUGAAUGGAAAUUUGCACGAACAAAACUCUGGAUGAGUUACUUUGAAGAAGGGGGAACUUUGCCCACUCCCUUCAACGUCAUACCAAGUCCCAAAUCUCUCUGGUACCUCAUCAGAUGGCUAUGGAGACAAUUGUGCAGGAAAAAGAUUAGAAGGAAACCUGAAAGUUUUGGAACUAUUGGGAGACGUGCUGCUGAUAAUUUGAGAAGGCAUCAUCAGUACCAGGAGGUCAUGAGAAAUCUGGUUAAGAGAUAUGUGGCAGCAAUGAUAAGAGAUGCUAAAACUGAAGAGGGGCUGACUGAAGAAAAUUUUAAGGAGUUAAAGCAAGAUAUUUCUAGUUUCCGCUUUGAAGUCCUGGGUCUGCUAAAAGGAAACAAGCUGCCUAAUUUGCAGUCCUCAAAAAACAGCAGAGAAUCUUCUUCUUUGCCAGAGUCUGAUGAAGGCAGUGAAAAUGGAGGAAACGAGAAGGUUAAAAAGAAGCCCCUUAGCCUCUUUGACUUAACUACAAUGAUUCGGCCCAGAGUUGUGACCAGAGCCUCUGGAGCACACAGCCAGAGCAAUGGGUCAGCAAUGGUGGCAUUGGAGGCCACCAAGGAAAAGGAAAAGAAAGUGAACUUUAAGGCUGAUGCAAAGAAGUUUGGGUUCUUCCACAGACAGUCAAAAAACAGCUCCACUGACCACAGUACAAACAAAAUCUACUCCAUUUCAGAAGAAGUUUCGCGGCAACAAGCAGAAGAACAAAGUGAGAAAGUCCCUGGAAUUGGAGAGAAAACAUUAGUUGUGAACUGUGAACUAAACAUUCAGGAUGUCGGUGGAAAGUGCACAGCGGCCACUAAAACACAAACUGAAAAUGAGACUUUAGAUUCUGUCUUGGAUGACAAAGCUACUUCUUCUGAAACAAAGAAGGCUAUGAUUCAGGACUUGGAUCUGACCAUACCAAAGGAUUUGAUGGAGAAAGAGCAGGAUAUCAAUAGUGAUUCCACUGUGAAACAAGAGACAAUUAUUCAGGAAAAUUACUUGACCACAAGAUUGUGAUGACAGCAGCCUGAGCUUAAAAAUACAUAUAUUACAUUAUUUGGGAAGAUACUUAAAACUACAUCAGACAAUAGAAAAGCAAAGCAUUCAGAAUUGUUGGAGAUGAACUUGUAACAUAAUUCUAUGAAGGAAAAUAAAGAGAAAAACCUUCUGUUUUGUAGCCUGCUUUAGCUUUCACAAUUUCUUUUACAUUUUUUUAUUAAAUGGGAGCAUCUUGUAUUCUUGUACUGUUGCAAUAACCCACAGAAACUUUUUAGCUAUCUUUUUUCAAUUUGAAAGAAAUGCAAUUUCUCUGUGAUAGUUAAUGCCUAUGGUAAAUAUUUUUCUAUGCAAAUAAAUGUAGCUUAACAAAAUGUGAGCCUUAUGGACCUUUUUUAGGAUUCUUAAUUACAAUAUAUGGGCAGGCUUAAGAAUUCUAGGUGUUUUCUGUUCAAAAAAUAUUUUAGUAGUUUAGAAAUGUUAAGUUACAAAUAAAAUUUGAAACAAAGACCAAAUUAAUUUAUUGAAAGUGGUUAAAAUUGUAAUUUACAGCUCAUUAAUCAUGUUGCUAAUUCUGUUAGUAUCCCCUAUAUGAUUUGGUUUUUCUGCACAUAAUAAAUAGUAAAGGUAAAGGUUUUCCCCUGACAUUAAGUCUAGUCAUGUCCAACUCUGGGGAUUGGUGCUCAUCUCCAUUUCUAAGCCGAAGAGCUGGUGUUGUCCAUAGACAUCUCCUAGAUCAUGUGGCCGGCAUGACUGCAUGGAGCGCUGUUACCUUCCCGCCAGAGCAGUACCUAUUGAUCUACUCACAUUUGCAUAUUUUUGAACAUCUAGGUUGGCAGAAGCUGGGGCUAACAGGAGUUCACCCUGCUCCCCGGAUUUGAACCACCAACCUUUUGGUCAGCAGCUCAGCGGUUUAACCCGCUACACUGCUGAACUUACAGCUGAUAUUACAACUGAAUUUCCUAAAUUUUUAACUAGCACCAUAGUAAUAGAAAAUAUUGUUUCUUUAUUGGGAGUCGUCCAUUCCAAAUAACAUGGCUCCAGGAAAAUUUCCAACCAACAAACGUGUUUAUUUUCUUAACCUUGCAUAUAUCUCUCUGUGGAAUGAUUGAAAGAAAAAUGGACUCGACUUUUCAAAGCUUCCCUGCCAAUUCUUACAGCAGGAGUUCUGCCCUCCUCAGAGACAGCCAGGGAAGUGUGUAUUUACAUGUCUGGAUUAAUCGAUCACAAACCAAGGUAGAUCUCUGCAUUGUUGAGAGGUGUCUUUACUCCCUUCUGUUUUUAUUGUUCCAGGGUGUUUCAUUGGACUGCUUUAAAAUAUUCCCCUUUGAAAUACUACAAAAUUAUGACAAUCAUUAGAAAUCUCUUAAAAAACCAACCUUGACAGAUCAGCCUUCUUGCUGAGAUGUUAGUAGCCUCUUCUCUGACUGUUUGCACAAUAAAUUUGUUGGUUUUGAAAUGUAUAUUAUUAAUCUGAGAGUAUUUUCAUAUGUCAUUUCCUGUCAGCAGUUUUUAAAAUUAAAUUAUCUGUUUCUUUAUCA